UGUUCAAGAAAUAAGAAAGUAAACUGUUUCUCAAAAACCCCACAGUUUAUUGUUUGAAUCCUGUCCAGUAUUUCAAACGACAACGUCAAAGCCUGUUUUUGAUGAAUCAAAAAUUCAAAUAGUUUCCGUGCAACGCUUAGUUAUUCGACUGUGUAUUAUUUUGGACCAAAGUUGUAAAGAAGCCUUUAAAAAUGUUACGACACAGCUUAUGUUUCAAGCACGUAAAGUUUUUGCUUGGAUACACUAGAAUUAGAAAUGAAGUGCAUUGUGCAGGAAAAUGGGCCCAGGCUUCUGAGAUGCAACAGAAUAACGCGCCUGUUAUUUCUUUCCAGAAACCACAAUCCCAUGUUUUGUAUAAUGAAUUACACUUAAUCUCUUCAGAAGAAAUUGACAAUCCAUUAGUUGUGGAUUCCAGUUUUGAAGGUGUCACACCCAUUGUUUCUCCAAGUUUUAACUUAGCAUCCCUUGUUAAUAAGUCAGAGCUUCUCCAGCUUAUGGUUAAACUUGGUGUCUCAAUUUAUCAGUGGGAAAGGAAGGCAGAUGUCCAUUCCUGGAUUAUGGCAUUAGAUUUCAAAAAGGAUGUUCAACCCAUUAUUCAGUUUUUGGUAGACCAGGGUGUUGCAUCACACAGUUUGGGGCAUUUCUUCACAAAAAAUCCGUACAUCUUAAAAUCAAGCAUUGGAGACCUGGAAAUCCGGACCAACUAUUUGCACUCAAAAAAAUUUAGCUCUGAAAUGAUCUCUAGAAUUUUAUCAAGAAACCCACAUUGGCUCCUGUUCAGUCCUGAAAGAAUAGACAACAGGCUGGGGUUUGUACAACAAACUUUUAAUUUAACUGGAGAUGAAGUAAGAGCAGUGGCAACAAAAGAAUCUCGGCUCAUCACCUGCAGUCUUCAGGGUAUCAAGUUAAUGAACUUUGGAUUCAAAGAAGAAAUGGGAUUUGAGGCUAAUCAAAUCAAAGAACUGCUACUUGCAAAACCAAAAUUGUGGUUAAUGAACAAAUCAAUGCUGGUGGACCGGUUCGAUUAUCUCCACAACACGAUGAAGAUGGACCACGAGUCCGUGUUGAGAUUUCCCGCGGCGUUAACAUGCCGAGGAUUCCGCAUCAAGCAGCGCCAUGAAUUUCUGUGUCAUUUGAACCGUGCUCAAUACGAUCCUAAAUUACCUAGGUACGUGAGCCUACUACAAAUAAUAAGUGAUUCGGACGCGCACUUUGCUGUUAAUAUAGCGAGAAGUUCUAUCCAAGAUUUUAAUGAUUUUUGUAAAACUAUGUAAUGUAAUACAAUAUUACGAAAUAUCGGUGUGCUUUAAA